ACAGCGUGGAUCACCAUCAAUUCUCUUCCGAGUUCGUAACUCAUUAACCCUCCGAGUCAUCACCACCAUCUCACUCGUUUCCCCCUACUCUCUGCCAUUCCACUUUCCUCUGCAACUCUCUCUAAAAUCUAGAGAGGGUGAGAGAUACAAGGAAAGACAGAGAUUUUAAUGGAAAAUAACUUUCUCCCUUUAAAACGUCCUUUCCAAUAUCUAUCUUCAACUACAACAAUGCAAGAAAAUAACUAUAAUAAUCCAUAUAAUAACCACGGUGGUGGUGGUGCUGGAGGCGGCGGUGGGGGAGGAGGAGGAGAAUCAAAGCGUAGAUCCAAAAUUCCACCACCCCCGUUGGUAAUUCCUCCUGGGCAUGUCUCUUUUCGUAUGUUAUGCCACGUAUCAAAGAUCGGUCAAGUGAUUGGUAAGUCUGGUAGUAUAGUUAAGCUUUUCCGGAAAGAGACUGGUGCUAAGAUACGAGUAGAAGAACCUGUUAAUGAUUCAGAUGAACGAUUGAUUAUAAUAAUCGCACCUGAAAAUCCGAAGAAAAUGAUUCAGUUGAAGGGUUUGAAUGAACAUGAAGUAGAACAAGUUGAAGUUUCACCUGCGCAAGAGACAUUAGUGAGGGUUUUUGAUAGGGUUUUGGAUGUUGAUUCUGAGAUUGAAGGUUUAUUUCCACCUGGUGGUGGAAAUGUUUGUUGUAGAUUACUUGCUGAUACAUCUCAAAUUGGGUCUGUAAUUGGGAAAGGUGGACAGAUUGUGGCAAAAAUUAGGAAAGAUAGUGGUGCUAAAGUUAGAGUUUUGCCUGCUGAAGAACUUCCUCCUUGUGCUUCUCCUUCUGAUGAAUUGAUUCAGAUAAUGGGAGAUAUUUUGCCUGUAAAGAAAGCACUGGUUUCCAUUUCACGUUGCCUUCAAGAUCGGCCACCUUUAGAGAAAGCACAGGCGGCUGGAAGCUUACCUAGUGUUUCAGCUUCUAGUCAAACGUUUCCGGAUCCACGAAAGGAGUUUCCACGUAGGAACCACAUGGUACCACUUACAUCAGGCAGUUCCAGUCAAACCUUUUCUGAUCCACGUGUGGAAUUUUUGCAUAGGAAUCAUAUGCCACCGAUAGCAGGCAAUUCCGUUGAUUAUGCUUCCAGAGGUCGUCCGUUAGCAACUGAGGCUAAAAGGAAUUCCAUGUUGGAACCAGCAAAAACGCCGCAAGAAGUUGUAUUCAGGCUAUUAUGUUCUAAUGAGAAGGUAGGUGGUGUAAUUGGCAAGGGAGGAACCAUUGUUAAGACCUUACAAAAUGAAACUGGGGCUUCUAUAAGUUUUGGUUCUCCUGUACCCGAGUCAGAUGAGCGUAUUAUUACAAUUACUGCAUCGGAGUCACAACACACGCAGGCGCAAAAUGCUGUUGUCCGUGUAUUUGUGAGGUCUGUCGAGGUAGGCGUUGAAAAGGGAUUAGAAUCAGGACCUAAAAAGGGUGCACCUGUUUCUGCCCAUCUUUUAAUACCAACAAACCAAGUAGGUUGCUUGAUUGGUAAAGGAGGCACGAUAAUCACAGAAAUAAGGACGACAACAGGUGCUUUUAUCCGGAUCCUAGGCGGUGACCAGGUUCCAAAAUGUGCAUCGGAGAAUGAUGAAGUUGUCCAGAUUACUGGUGAGUUUGGAAAUGUCCAGAAUGCUUUGCUUCAUAUUACUGGUAGGCUGUGGCAAAAUCUUUUCCCUGGUAGAGUUACGAAUGGUGCUGAAUCCAGGAACUACUUGUCCACAGUCCCAGAGGUUGGUCAGUUUGGUAGAAAUAGGGAGCCACAUUCCUCAACCUUAUAUCCCUCAGUAGGCCAUCCUCAUCAUUCUGAGCGGCAGGCUACUCUGACACAGAGUAUGGAUCACCUUGGCAUUUCACACCAUUCAGAUGACUCUAGACAAUGGCCAUCACAGACAGUUGGGGGGAGCUUAAGGAGUACCAUGGACGUUGGAAAACGGAUGACAAAUCAUGGAGACAAUAUGGAACUUGCAAGGAAGUCGGCUAUUGUGACAAAUACAACUCUGGAAAUCCAAGUUCCUGAACAUGUUUUUGGGUCAGUCUACGGGGAAAAUGGUAGUAACCUGAAGCGUCUAAGACAGAUUUCAGGUGCUCAAGUUGAGGUGCGUGAUCCUCGUCCUGGCACAGAUACAGGGAUGGUCAUAAUAUCAGGGACACCCGAUCAGACCCAGGCAGCGCAGAGUCUUCUUCAAGCUUUCAUCUUGUCUGGACGGCCAUAAUUGGUGUUCAGAUCAACAGGGAAUGCGGAACCAGUUUCAUGCACUUGCUCAUAAUUCUAGGAGGAAGUUUGUCUGAACCUGAGUCCUUGUCAAAUUCGAUGUAAAUUAAGCGAGAGCUUCUGAAGAAUAUUUUGGCACCUCUAAUUUCUAUAAACCAAAUUAGUCAACUAAAAUAUACACGUCGGAAAUUUCUGUACAAUAUUUUUUCAUGUGAAAUAUAUUUUGAUAUAUUGUUCAAGUGUGGUUAACUUAAAUUUCUGUGUAAAAGAACUUGGUGCUGAGCAGAGUUGAGUUGUGAAGAAGGUGUAGGCACCAAGAUGUGACAUCUUUGUAGCAAUGACAAAUAAUGUUAUGUAGCUGAGAACUGAAUAUGUAAUGUUUAACGAAUUCGAUUCAAGUGGUCUGCCAUACUAGAAAC